AUGAUCUUUGCUGUGAGAGAAAUAAACCAACGGCAAGAUCUUUUACCAAAUCUGUCUCUGGGCUACCACAUUAGGGACAGCGGUGAUGAUAUACCAGUGUCUGUGAAGAGGUCUCUUCUCCUGGUCAACGGACAGCCAGAAAAGGGCAGUGGACAGAGCUGUGAAGACAUACAAAAGCAGCCGAGUCCUGUGAUUGUAGGAGAUGCUGCAUCAGGAGUCUCCAUGACUGUUCUGAGAACUUUAGGCUCCUUCAAAAUACCCUUGGUGAGCUACUUUGCAUCCUGCUCUUGUCUCAGUAACAAGAGGGAGUUUCCAGCAUUCAUGCGCACAAUGCCAAGUGAUCUAUUUCAAAUCAAAGCUUUAGUUAAACUUGUUAAUUAUUUUCAAUGGACAUGGGUUGGACUGAUAGGUGUGAAUUCAGAUUAUGCUCACUUUGCUAUCCAGCUCUUUCUUAAAGAGUCAGAGCAAUUGAAUAUUUGUCCUGCUUAUGUUCACUUUUAUCCUGUUGUACUGAUGGAAGAUGCAGUGGAGGAACUUGUGAACAUUUUAAAAGCCUCUUCUGCCACAGUCAUAAUAAAUUUUUCUGGAGAAUCGGAAUUACAUAGUAUACUAAAAGAGUGCAGACGGCAAAAUGUCACACAUUUGCAGUGGAUCGCCAGUGAGGCUUGGGCCACAUCAAUAUCCCUCUGGGAGGAUUUUGGCGAUCUGCUAAAUGGAACAUUGGGUUUUGCAAUACGGAGAGCUGAUAUCCCGCAUCUUGGCAGUUAUCUCAAAGGAAUAAGACCUCAGACCUCCCAUUUUCUCUCAGAGUUUUGGGAAGAGACUUUUCGUUGUCGGCUAAAUGGGUCUUUAAACACUCAUGUACACGGAGAGCAGGCACAAAACUGGCCAGCCUGUAAUGGUAGUGAAAGUCUGGAUGAAGUGUACACCACUUAUUCAGAUGUGUCACAACUCAGAGUCUCCUACAACGUUUAUAAAGCUGUGUAUCUUAUAGCACAUGCACUGCAUGACAUGAGCACAUGUGUCCCAGGAAAGGGCCCAUUCCAGAAUGGGACAUGUGGGAGUCUGUAUCAAAUUCAGCCAUGGCAGCUCCUGUACUACAUGAAACACGCAAAUUUCACAACCUUAGGGGAAGAGGUCAGAUUUGAUGAGAAUGGUGAUCCUAUUGCAUCCUAUGACCUUAUGAACUGGCAAAGAGGAUCUGAUAGCUCCCUUCAACUUGUCAGGGUGGGAUUCUAUGAUGCCUCCCUCGAAGAUGACAAGGACCUGGUGAUAGAUGAGUCAGUAAUUAUGUGGCAUAGAGCAGAGAAGGUGUGUGCCAUUCCACGCAUCAACAGAUAUUGCCGGCUAAGUUUGUUUUUCCUUCAGCUCUAUUUUAUGAUUUUGACUGGACUAAAUAAAAUGGAGUACUGUAGCUUAAAAUGGAAAUGCAUUAUUGAUUUCAUUUUGCACUAAACAUUUUUAAACAAAAUAUGCUAAAUGUGUAAUCAUGUAGAGAAUAUUAUAAAUAA